CCCUCUCAUUCGCCGACCGAUCCGUUAGCUCCCCCCGUCCCCCGCCGCGAUACGGAGCUCCGCGCCGCGGCCACGCUCCCUCCCUGCAGCCAGGCCUGGCCCCUCGAACCCAGCUCUGGCCUAAGCUAUUCCCUCCGCCGCCGGAGCGGGGCGCUGCGCCACCCGCUGGGGCCGGAAAUUCCCGCGGCCUGAGUGGAGGAACCCAAGCGGAGAGUGCGGCGCCGCCUUCCACCUCCCCCGGCCGGGCGGGGGUGUUGGGCCCAGCGAGGGCCAGGCUGCCUGAGUGGGGCGGGGUGGGGGGGCCGCGUCUGAGGAGUCGCGGAAUCGGCGGCGGGUGGAUAGCCGCGGCGGGCAGGGAACCGGACGACGGGGGUGCUCCUUGAGAGCCGCUCGGCGAGCUGGGAGAGCCUGCGCCCCCGCACCCGGGCCCCCGCCCCCUCGCGGUCUCCGCCUCCUUGCCUCACACACCCCCAGGGCCGCCGGAGCCCAGGCCUUCUCGGCGCUUCUCCUCCUCCUUUUCACACUCACCCUCGGACCCGGGUUGUCCUUCCAUCCGCCGGCCUUGCUCCCUCCGGGGCGAGUCCUCGUUCUCAGGCUCUCCUUAAACACACACACAAGCACACGCCCGCUCGCUGGGCGGCCUUCUCCUCUUGGCCCUCCUCCUCCCCUCCUCACUUACGCUGCCGUCGGAGGAAGAUUGAUGUCCCUUCAGCAUCAUGCAGCCGCCGCCGAGGAAGGUGAAAGUUACACAAGAAAUGAAAAACAUUCAAGUUGAGCAGAUGACAAAACUUCAAGCCAAACAUCAAGCAGAAUGUGAUUUGCUUGAAGAUAUGAGGACAUUCAGUCAGAAGAAGGCUGCUAUUGAAAGAGAGUAUGCACAGGGUAUCCAGAAGUUGGCUAGUCAAUAUCUGAAGAGAGAUUGGCCUGGAAUAAAAGCUGAUGAUCGGAAUGAUUACAGGAGCAUGUAUCCUGUUUGGAAAUCUUUUCUCGAGGGAACAAUGCAGGUAGCCCAGUCUCGGAUCAAUAUAUGUGAAAACUAUAAAAACUUCAUUUCUGAGCCUGCAAGGACAGUGAAAAGCCUAAAAGAACAGCAACUAAAAAGGUGUGUGGACCAGUUGACAAAGAUCCAAACUGAAUUGCAAGAGACAGUGAAAGAUUUAGCUAAAGGCAAAAAGAAGUACUUUGAGACUGAACAGAUGGCUCAUGCAGUACGAGAGAAGGCUGACAUCGAGGCAAAAUCUAAACUUAGUCUUUUUCAAUCAAGAAUCAGUUUACAGAAGGCAAGUGUAAAGUUAAAAGCCCGGCGAUCUGAGUGUAAUUCCAAAGCUACCCACGCAAGGAAUGAUUAUCUUCUUACAUUAGCGGCAGCAAAUGCACACCAGGAUCGCUACUAUCAAACAGAUUUAGUUAACAUUAUGAAGGCUCUUGAUGGAAAUGUAUAUGACCACCUCAAGGAUUAUUUAAUAGCCUUCAGCCGGACGGAGCUAGAGACAUGCCAAGCUGUGCAGAACACAUUCCAGUUUUUAUUAGAAACUUCCAGCAAGGUGGUACGAGACUAUAAUCUUCAGCUGUUUUUACACGAGAAUGCUGUAUUUCACAAACCCCAGCCCUUCCAGUUCCAGCCUUGUGACAGUGAUACUAGCCGACAGUUAGAAUCAGAAACUGGGACCACAGAGGAGCACAGUUUAAACAAAGAGGCUCGGAAAUGGGCCACACGUGUGGCACGAGAGCACAAAAAUAUUGUUCACCAACAACGGGUUCUAGAUGAUCUGGAAUGUCAUGGAGUUGCAGUUUCAGAACAAGGCCGAACAGAGUUGGAACAGAAAAUAGAUGAAGCUAGAGAAAAUAUUCGUAAAGCAGAGAUAAUUAAGUUGAAAGCUGAAGCCCGGCUGGACCUACUAAAGCAGAUUGGUGUUUCCGUGGACACAUGGCUAAAGAGUGCAAUGAACCAAGUGAUGGAAGAACUGGAAAAUGAGCGAUGGGCCCGCCUUCCUGCAGUGACCAAUAAUGGAACGUUACACUCGCUUAAUGCAGAUACCGAAAGAGAAGAAGGAGAAGAGUUUGAAGACAACAUGGAUGUUUUUGAUGACAGCAGUUCCAGCCCUUCUGGCACCUUAAGAAAUUAUCCACUCACCUGCAAAGUUGUUUAUUCCUAUAAGGCUUCUCAACCAGAUGAGUUGACCAUUGAGGAACAUGAGGUGUUAGAAGUGAUUGAAGAUGGAGAUAUGGAAGACUGGGUAAAGGCUCGAAAUAAAGUCGGCCAAGUGGGUUAUGUACCAGAAAAGUACCUACAGUUUCCCACCUCGAACAGUCUGCUGAGCAUGCUGCAGUCCUUGGCUGCUUUGGACAGUCGGUCACACACAUCCAGCAAUUCCACGGAGGCCGAACUCGUUUCAGGCAGCCUCAACGGAGAUGCCAGUGUCUGUUUUGUGAAAGCACUUUAUGACUACGAGGGCCAGACAGAUGAUGAAUUAUCUUUUCCUGAGGGAGCAAUCAUCCGAAUCUUGAACAAAGAAAACCAGGAUGACGAUGGCUUCUGGGAAGGGGAAUUCAAUGGGAGGAUUGGAGUUUUCCCGUCAGUGCUAGUGGAAGAACUUUCAGCCUCAGAAAAUGGUGACACUCCAUGGAUGCGAGAGAUUCAGAUCUCUCCCUCCCCCAAGCUGCCCGGCUCCCUGCCUCCACUGCCACUGUAUGACCAGCCUCCUAGUAGCCCUUACCCCAGCCCAGAUAAGAGGAGCUCCCAGUACUUCCCCCGCUCUCCUUCAGCAAAUGAAAACAGCUUCCAUGCCGAAUCGCCAGGAUUCUCACAGGCAUCCAGACAUACUCCUGAGACCUCAUAUGGGAAGCUACGACCUGUCCGGGCAGCUCCCCCUCCACCUACGCAGAACCACCGAAGGCCAGCAGAGAAGAUCGAGGAUGUGGAAAUCACACUGGUGUGAUGAUGGCUUUGCCCGUCCGUUACUGCUACAAUCAAGGCCAGGCUUAGAGUUUGGCCAGUCUUGUUUUUUAGGCACCUUUGCAUGAUGAUGACUCGAACAGAGCAAAAACAAGGAGGAUUAUAUGUGACUGGGUGGCCUGGUAGACUCCUCCCAUGUUCUGAAUAUUUUGUGCCUUUUUUUGUUGUCAUUUUCUAUGUCAUCUCUCCUACCACAGCACAAAUCCUAGAGGGCCCUAGAAGCACAGAGGGGGACAGCCCUCUUGCCUAACAGUGGCCCAUUUUUGUAUGAGACUCAAGACCAGGCCUCAAUCAGGGCACAGUCACAGAGAUACUGAUCAUGUGCACUCGUACAGUAUAUUACUGUGGCCACAAGGAUGUGGCAAAGAUUCUCAUCUUUCUUCAGGUGGCUUUUGCUCAUCUGAUUGAGUUUAAUCAGAUCAUGUUGGCUACAUAAGGAAGCAGGAAGAGGGAUUUCAGGAGAGGCUGGCUCCUCCCCGCAGUUAGUCCUCAAAUUGAGAAACUGAAACUGUAUUGGAAAAAAAUGGACUGCCCUGAGUUUAGCACCAACUGCAUUAAUGCACAUCUCUUCCACAACUAACAGAUUUAAAACAAUAACAGUGUCCUUUGUAUUAAUAUUUAUGCCAUUCAUUUAGUAUUAGUGGAGCUAACAUGGAGGGGCUGAACUAGUAGCCGAAUCUCAUCCCAUCACAUAGACUAAUAGAAAGGAGGCUGUGGCGAAAGCAGAAAUGGAGCUUCCAGAUCUGAAAUGAGCCAAUUUAAUGUUCUUUUUAUAUUUGGGUAUUUUUCAUUUUAAUUUUUGCAGCGUAUACUAUUCUGACCAGUAUCCUUAGAAUCUGAAUGUCUAGAUAAACUGGGGACACAUACUUGCCUUGUCGAGCUUCUCUACUGGGGAGGCCUCUAGCAUUAUUUUAUUCCCAAGCCAGCCCACUGGCCCAGGCAGCCACCCACCACAUAAAAUGCAGCUUCCCAGGUCCAACUGACCUGACAUUUCCUUGGGAAGAAGAACCUGUGGCUCAUGGAAACUAGCUUCCUGUGAAGGACUAAAGGAUUCCACAGGUGCAAAUUGACAGGUUCUCCAUGUCACAGGGAGAGCCAGGAGUAGCCUUCUCUGCAAGCUAACAAACCCAUAGCAGCAGGCAUCCCAGAGUAGGCCUCUGGCGGCCCUCCACCUCCUAUGGAAGAUAGGGAGUGCAUUACUUAGGGACUAAGGGAUAUUUGCCAGUUGCUUUUUUUUUAAAUCAAAUUUGCAGAAUUUAAUUCGAAAGUUGUCUUAUGCUUUGAAAACGCCAUCCCUCCUAAGAAUCUAAAAACUUGAAAUGCUCACCAAAUGUCCCCAUGGGAUUUUUGACCAAAAGUAAGGUCAGAGCUAGAAAUUUUCAGUUAGUCAUUUGAUCACUUCAGUGACAGUACCCACUGAUGAAUUUUCUCCAUGAUUUGAGGAUUUUUGUUUUUGUUUUUUGCUUCUUAACCUGUUGAUCUAUUUGAGGUCUUUUUGUGUUUAUCAAACUUAUUCUUAAGUUUAAAAAAGAAAUUUAAAGGGUGGGUUUUUUUUUUUAAGAUUUUAAAGUUUGUUGAUAAGUUUAAAAUCUUCAAAGCACUUUAGAAAUCUUCAAAGUGCUGAAAUCAGGCAGUUCUUGCCACCCAGUCUUGUAUUCUCUCUUUAGCUAGCAAAAUUGUCCUUGAAUCUGGGUUUUCCACAUUCUCAGAGGGUUAUUUGAAAUCUUUUGUUAUAUUUUAAAAUAUUUUUUGGAAGAGCUGCUAAUUUUAUUUUAAAAAAACAAAGUUGUAAAAAUACGCCUCCUUUUUAAAAAGAACCCCUCCCUCCAGGACAUGUAAUCCAGUGUCACAGUGCACACGGCUGGGCUCAGAGGAAGUGCCUCUGUGCAGAUGUGCUUUCUUUACAGUGGCUGUAAAAACUUUGUAUUUAUUAUGUAUAAAAUGUUGGAUAAUAAAA